AUGUUCUCAGCAACCUUUAUUUCACUUUUCGGUGGCUUCUUUGCCUUUCUGGCAUACAAGUUAGCUACGUUGGGCUCUGAAAUUCCCGAUGGCAUUCCCUGGGUCGGGCAAGACUAUCCGGGCCCUUUCAAGCGCACCAGGUCGUAUCUUCGCAGCGUCUUCCAUACACGUGAGAUGAUUAGAGAGGGAUAUGAAAAGCAUUCAAAGAAUGGCCGGUCUUUUGUCCUUCCGAACCUCUUUACGGGCGCCGAAAUACUUAUUCCGCCUUCUCAAAUUGAUUGGCUCAAUGAACAGGUCGAGGAAGACUUCAGUAUCAUCGAAACCCAUAAACAGUUUAUCCGGGCGGAUUAUACGAUGCUUCUGGACCAGACAACCAUACACGAGCGCAUCUACAGAGGGGCAUUCCGCAAGAACCUGACCAGGAGAUUUUACGAGCUCUUAUCGCCACUCGCCGAGGAAGUAGAGCAUGCACUCGAUGGGCAAGCCGGACUAGACCACAAAGAGUGGAAGCUCAUUGAAGGUUUCAAAUUCUGGAAGAGGGUCGUGGUCCAGUCCGUCAGUAGCAUUUUUGUGGGCAAACCCCUUUGCAACGAUCCGUCGUACUUGUACUACGCCAGCAGGUUUAACCAGAACGUGAUGCUGAAAGCCGGCAUCAUUGGCACCCUGCCAUCUUUCCUUCGCCCUGUUUUUGGCUACCUGAUUGUGCUUACCGACAAGUACUACCACGCAAGGUGUGCAAGCAUCACAAGCCCUACCAUCAAAGAACGCUUGCAUCACCAAAUGGAGUUGGCUUCGGGCAAAGCAGGAGUUGCUGUAUCCCAACCGAAUAACCUCCUGAUUUGGUCGUGCGCGGAUGCCGUCCAAGCGGCCCAGAGUGGCAAUGCGGCAAAGUUCUCGUUGGAUUUCCUCACGCGGCGUUUGAGUUUGAUGAACUUUACGUCCACGCACAGUACCGGUCUCAAUCUGAACAGCAUGUUGCUCGAUCUCCUCUUCUCAGCCAAGGAACACGCUGAGCAGGGGUUAAGUGGGCCGAGCAUGAUGGACCGCGUACGAUGUGAGGUCGAGAACGCGUAUCAGACAUACUGCGAGACCAGAGAUCGGAACCCUCAUGCCGGGCAGGUUUUCUUGGAGUCCUUGCCUACCAUGGAGGCUUGCUUCAAGGAGACAUUGCGCCUGCGGGGCUUUGUGUCCCGCAUCGCGAUGAAGACAACCACAGCUCGGGGUAGUCAAAUCAACGUUCCAACGGUGGGCGUCGUACCUCGAGGAAUUAAAGUUGGCAUCCCAGUCUGGGGUCUCCACCACGAUGAAGAAAUUUAUAAGGAUCCCUUUCAAUGGUCAGCGGAGAGGUGGCUUGACAAUGGGCCCAUGCAAAGCAUGCCAGUCGGGGGUGGGGGCUCACACGAGAUGUACAGAAGUUACAUUCCGUUUGGGUACAAAUCCACUGUUUGCCCUGGCAGGUUUUUCGCUGUCAACGUGGUAAAGUUAAUUGCAGCCCAUGUUAUAUUGCACUAUGACCUUCAAUUACCGGCCGACGCCGAACGCUCCGGACAUCUGUGGUGGGGCCCGUCCAUCAGCUAUGGCACAGACGCAAAGUACCUGGUUCGACGGCGUCAGCACACGGUAUUCUCGCCAAGCACUGAGUCUGGGGGCUGGUGGUACCCAUCGCUGUAG